AUGAGAAGUAACAGCUAGUAAUAAUAGUCCACAUAAUAAUUAAAAGAAACAAUACACAAAUUGCAAUAAAGAGAUGCUUCUUAUAGGUUGGAAAUAUCUAAGCUAAAAAAAUAGUUAAGCGAAAGAGAUCAUGAAUACAAAGAAGCUUUAGAAGAAUUAUAAGAAUUAAAAAGAAUUUAGUAAAGGGAUAAUCAAUAUAUUAUGAAAAUAGACAAUUAUGUCAUGAACUUAAAAUAAAAAUUACACAAAGCUAACAUUAAAAUAGGUUCGCUUGAAUCAAAAUUAUCAUCCUCCAGAGCUAAAUAAACUAUUUCAUUUGAAGAAAUUACUAAUCAUAAUGAAACCUUUUAAACAGAAAUCUCGUAAAUGUCAACACAUCAGCCGAUAAUCAAACAAUAAUCAAAUCGUCCCAAUUAAACUUAUGCUUCUAAUAAACCAAAAUUAAUUUGUAAACCUGUUAAAUUUUAACUGCCAUACCCAAAUACAGGCUUCACAGAAAAUUAGGAAAUUAAUGAAAAUUCUUCAUUUAUCAAACCAAGUCCAUUAUAAGAAUAAAUUUUAAACAGAAUCCUAGAUGAUGAAGAAUUCUCUGCCAAUUUCUCCUAAAAAUUAGUUUAGUUCUAAAAUGACUCCUGUUCGUAAAAAAAUAAAACAUAACCAAUGACAUUCACCUGCAAUUCCAGACAAAGUAACUUUAGUUUUGCCAAUAGUGAGAAGAAACCAACAAAUAAUGAGAAGUCUGUUAAAGGAUCAAAUAGAUAAUAUCAUUCUGUAUCAACGGAUGAUAAAGAAAACACGUACUAAUAUUGUAAUUGA